AAACCUGUCCUCCUGCCUCCAGAUGUGGCCUCUGGCCUGUUAAAACCUGUCCUCCUGCCUCCAGAUGUGGCCUCCAGCGGUGCAGGAGAGCCUUUGGGCGCCGUCACCUCCCAGAUCUCUGCCAUCCAGCUGAGCAGGCAGGACCAGCCUCUGGCCUCAGAGGAGCGCCUGCUGGGAGAGACUCGGCCGUCUAACGGGCUGGACGUGGUGGAGGAGGAUCUGCCUGACGAGCUGGAGAACGCCUGCAGCGACGACGAUGACUCCGACUGUUCGUCCAUCAUCGGCUCCUCGUCCACAGCGUCCGUCGCUCUGCUCUCCAGCGUCGAGGAGCCGAUGUCGCUGGCCGAAGACGAUCGAGAAGAGCGGCCGGCGCUGGUUCCCAGUUUGUUCCCGUUCAUCCCUCCGACGCUCUACUUCAGCACGGCCAAGGAGAAAGGUGAGAACCUCCUCCGUCCACAGCAGCGGCGGCAGCUCAAGUGGAAGAUGAGCAGCGUGACGCCGAACGUCGUCAAACACACGGUCGGCCGGUCGCACUUCAAGGCCACCAAGAAAAGCCACGACUGGUUGGGCUGCUGGGGUCACCACAUGAAGUCUCCGGCCUUCAAGACGCUCAGCGAGCACCAGAAGCUGAACCACUUCCCGGGAACCUUCCAGAUCGGCAGGAAGGACCGUCUGUGGAGGAACCUGUCCAAGAUGCAGGUUCGCUUCGGCAAACAGGAGUUCAGCUUCUUCCCGCGAACCUUCAUCCUCCCUCAGGACAUCAAGCUGCUCAGAAAAGCCUGGGAGGACAGCGGCUCCAAGCAGAAGUGGAUCAUCAAACCGCCGGCCUCAGCCAGAGGAAUCGGGAUCCAGGUGAUCCACAAGUGGAGCCAGAUGCCCCGGAAGAGGCCGCUGCUGGUCCAGAAGUAUCUCCACAAGCCCUACCUCAUCAGCGGGAACAAGUUCGACCUGCGGAUCUACGUCUACGUGACGUCCUACGACCCGCUCAGGAUCUACAUCUUCUCCGACGGACUGGUCCGAUUCGCCAGCUGCAAGUAUUCGUCUUCCAUGAAGACUCUGAGCAACAAGUUCAUGCAUCUGACCAACUACAGCGUCAACAAGAAGAACUCCGAGUACCAGGCCAACAGCGACGACAAGGCCUGCCAGGGACACAAAUGGGCUCUGAAGGCCUUGUGGCAGUUUCUGGGUUCAAAGGGAAUCAACACCACGCUGAUCUGGGAGAAGAUUAAAGACAUCGUCAUCAAAACCGUCAUCGCGUCGGAGCCGUACGUCAACAGUCUGAUGAAGGCCAACGUCCGCUCGUCCUACUGCUGCCACGAACUGUUCGGCUUCGACAUCAUGCUGGACGAGAACCUCAAGCCCUGGAUCCUGGAGGUGAACAUAUCGCCAAGCCUUCACUCCAACACGGCGCUGGACGUCUCCGUUAAAGGCCAGAUGAUCAGAGAUCUGCUGAACCUGGCCGGCUUUCGGAUUCCUGCCAGAGAAGACGUGGCGACGCCCUGCAGCAGCGCCUCCAGCUCCACCAGCAGUUUGUGUGGAGGGAACCGAGACCGAAGCAAACACGAACUGUCUGCAGACGAGAAGGUGAAGCGGGCCUUUUACCUGACGCAGCGCUACGCCGACCAGGACUUCGUCGCCUCCGUUUUGGACGUUUUGACUCCAGAGGACGUUCGAGUUCUGGCCGAGAGCGAAGACGAGUUGAGUCGCAGAGGAGAGUUCGAGAGAAUCUUCCCGUCGCCGUCGUCGUCGCGCUACCUUCGCUUCUUCGAGUGUCCCAGAUACCUGAACCUCCUGCUGAACCAGUGGGAGCAGAAGCACUGGAACGACCGGACCAAGUGUAUCGGUCUGCUGAGGACGCUGUGUCAGAAGGGAGUCCACCUGGGAACCAGCGAUCCUGCUCACAUGUGGUCCAAGUGCAGCUACGUCUCCAGGUUCGAGGCCCACAGACAGGAUCCGGUCAGCCCAUCCAGAUCCAGGGUGGUGGUCUCCCUCCAGCACCGCUCCCACCGCCACGACGACGACGGUUCGGACCGGGAGGUGGCCUCGGUGUCCAGCCUCCCCGCCUCCCCCAGUCCCGGAUCCAGCGUCCCCAGCAGUGCCUGCACCAGCCCCCAGCCCAGCCCCGCCCAGAGCCUGCUGCCCCAGCAGUUCGCCUCGCUCUGAUCGGACCGGAACAAGCUCAGGGUCUCAUCCAGCCUCCUCACAGAACACCCUCCACCGACCUGCCACGUCUCCC